ACCUCUUUAUCGGAGUUGUAUUUGCGAAUGGACAUGCAGUGAUCCAUCUGAAACCGCAUGAUCGCUGCAUCAAUUGAAUUGCUUUGCAUGCCUUUGAUCGUAUUUUGGAAAAGAUUGUUAGAUACUCACAAUGCCACCUACAUUCAGAUCCUCCCGUUCAGGCCGCCACCUAGGCGAAGCAACUGCCGCCCGCACGCGUACCGGCCAAAUCGACCAUGAUGUCUUCGAAGGCCUGCCCGUCCGCCGCUGGACCCGCCAACACCAAACAAUCUCGCAAGCCCCCAAACCCGACGAAGCAGAAUCCAUUUUCCAAGGCCCUGGCGGAAAACAAACACUACCGGAACACCCCAUGCCAAGAGACAGUCAGUUGUUGACGCCUACGAGUAAGGCGCUUUUGCGUGCCGCGCGGGCGGGUUGUAUAUAUAUCAGACAGGCGCCGAAGGAGGCUGAGGACAUCAACCUUAUCAUCAACGAGGAGAAGGAGGCAGCGGAUACGGAGGAGGGUGGUGGUGCUGCUGCUGCUGCUGCAGGGCAGCCAAAAGCGGAGAGGAGCUUUGUGACGAGGAAGUGGAUGACGGUGCCGCGGCAGAUGGAGCCGCCGGAGGUGGAGUUUUUGGCGAAGAGACGGCCAGGUUUGCCUUCGUUGUAUGGGGCUGCUGCUACGGGUGUUGACGGGGCGCCUAAUGUGCCUAUGAGGCGGACGCGGUUCAAGAAGGUUGAUCCUGCAACUGGAAAUGUAUCUGUUUACGAGGCUUGGGUUCCUGAGGGCCAUCGCAUUGAAGGGGAGAUUACUGCGGAUGAUCAGGUUUUGCCUGGAAAUGCUGAAGCAACUGUCAAUUCUGAGGCGCCCGCACCGGGAACAGUGGUUGAGGGUGUUGGAACGGUUAACGGUGAGGGCGUGGUUGUUGCAGAGGCUGGCUCUGCGGCUGUCAUGACUCCCCCGAAGCGGCGACCACCUCCGCCCAAGCGCAAGGGCAAGGGCUUCAAGGGUAGGAGAAAGAAGGUCAUGUUCGCGCCUGGUGAGGGUGCUGAUGCGUCUGCCGUGCAUGGCGCUGGAGCUAGCGCUCGUGAGGGUACGAUGGACACAGAUGGUGCCAAGUCUGAAAAUGGUGAUGCGUCGCGUGGUGACCAGGGUGGUCAUGAGGAUGAUGAUGAUGACGGUGAAGAGGGCGAGGAGAGUGACGAGGGCGACGAGUCUAUGAUAGAUGCGAAGACGCCGGAAACGCCUGCCGCGGAAUUUGCUCAACCUACCCAAACUACUCAACCUGGUCCUGCAGAGAUGGCACCGGAACCACAAGCCCCUGAUGAUGCAUCACAAGCAGCCGAACAAGCUUCCGUCCCCGCUCUCAUUCCAGACAAGCCUAGUGAUGAGAAACCGGCUCCUGAGGAUGUAACCAUGACAGACUAUCAGCCUGAAUCUGCGACAUCUGAACCUCAACCAGCACCCGAUACACAAAAAUCAACUGCGCCAGAACAACCAGCACCUGCCGCGGAGACACCGACCGAGAACCAACCGCAGACAGAACAGCCCGCUUUUUCUGCCCCCGAAGAGUCUUCGGAAAAGCCGCAAGAGACAGACAAGACAGAGCCUAAUCAACAAGAAAACCAAGAUGCCAUGGACACAUCAGCAGAUCAGCCCCUUGAACAACAGCAGCCGCAACAAGAACAGCAACAGCAGCAAGAGUACGAGCAAGAGCAAGAGCCAGCCCCCAAGCCGGAACUAGAACAACAAGAACACAAUACAGCUGCCACCGAAUAUCACGAUGUGGAUGUAUUGGGUACUCUCGAGAAAAGUCUGGAUGCUCCUGUUAGCAGCGAACAGGCGGAACCUCUAAGAAAACCCGAGCCCGAGCCUGAGUCAAGGCAGGCGGAUGACUCGAUUGAAAAUAUUGCACCUGCAUCAGCACUAGCACCAGAACCAGAAUAUACACCAGCUGCCACGGCGGAAACGGGGAUAUCCGAAGAGCAGCCAUCGACCGAUAACCACGAAGUUGAAAAGCCUGCUGAAGAGCAAACUGAAGAGCAGUCGCAGCAGCAACAAGAAGAACAACCACCCAAGGAGGAAGAAGUUGAAGAUAAGUCUCCUGUACAGCAGCCAAUUGAGCAGUCACAAGAACAAGAGCAACAGCAACAACCCGAAAGAGAACAACAACCUACGGGAACCCCUUCAGCUGAGCACACAGAACCUACUGAACAACCUGCUGAACAACCUGCCGAACAACCGAAAGAGAAACCCGACCUCCAACCUCGACAACAAGCAGACGAAGCACAACAACAACCGCCAGCAGUACCAGCACAGGAGGGAGAACCUGGCCAGAACUAGGGUAAUUGUAAUUUAUAUUUCAUCCAUUAGCAAGUUAGUGUCGAUGUCUUCUCCUGGUGUAUAGGGAUUAUAAUCGAACGGUUUUCAAGGAAACUCGCAACGCAAUUUUGGUCAUCUAGGGUAGGUAAAUAAACUCUCUUCUUAAAAGCAAUAUACAAGUACUAUUGAGUGCAGACUACAGAGCCCGUAACUGCUGUUCUACGAGACAAUCCCGACCAGAACCAAAGAAUAAUCAAUUCCCUACCUCAUACAAGAUACCGAAUACAUUUCUACCUUUCUCAUCCCGUCGUUGACAAAAUAGACAAACAACCCCAAAUAAAAUAAUGAACAAAUAUGUAAAAUUCCAGAAAACGAUCCGCUCGACUCUCCACCAUCCG